UUCCAAGUAUUAUCGCUUCACUUUUCUUCUGCAAUCCUUUCUCCAGUGCCUUGUCCAGGAAAACAUACCAACAUUUCUUGAAGCAGAGAUGGGUGCAGCAGAGUCAUCUUCCAAGCUCGCUAGCUCAGUCCAUGGCUUUAGCGUCAAGGAUGCGAGGGGAAAUGAUGUGGAGUUGAGUAGAUACAAGGGGAAGGUUCUGCUUAUCGUGAAUGUGGCUUCCCAAUGUGGUCUGACAAAUUCCAACUAUACUGAGUUGGGAUCACUCCACAAGAAAUAUGGCGAAAAAGGAUUUGAGAUACUGGCGUUCCCAUGCAACCAGUUUGUUGGACAAGAGCCAGGUACCAAUGAACAGAUUGCUGAGUUUGCUUGCACCCGUUUCAAAGCAGAUUUUCCUGUUUUUGGCAAGGUUGAUGUGAAUGGCGGGAAGGCUGCUCCGCUGUAUAAGUUCCUGAAGUCAGAGAGAGGCGGUCUGUUUGGAGAACGCAUCAAAUGGAACUUCACCAAGUUUUUGGUUGACAAAGAUGGGCACGUUGUGAGCAGAUAUGCACCAACCAGCUCCCCGUUGAGUAUUGAGAAUGACAUUCAGAAGCUUUUGGAGGCCUAGAGCUCUUCUUCGCCAACACAGAGAGUAAAAUUCACCUGGUUGAUGUGGCUUCUGCAUUGUACUCUCAACGUCCACAAAAUAAUCCAAUUCUAAGUUUUGUAAUUAAUGUAUUGAUAUUUAUUUGAUAUAUCAUAAGUUUAGUUACAUUUGAAAUUGUU